AUGAGGGAAAGCCUUUGGGUUGAGAGGCAGGAGAGCUCAGUGUCCCUGUUGCUGUUCCAGCUGACGCUCUGCAGGCUCCGCACACACCAGUGGUGCUUCAUCCUCUGCAAUGUGCUGCUCUUCCACCUGCUGCUCUUUGGGGCAGAUUUACUGGAGCAAUACUUCCUGCAGUCCCUGCCUCUCUCCUACACUGAUGCAAAGGCUCUGGAGAUCAGGGACAGGGCCAGGAAGCUGGAUCUGGAUCCUCUGGAGGCCAACCUCUCUUCCAGGAGCAGCAGUGCAGUGACUUGCUCCAACCAGGAGAUAUUCCUGCUCAUUGUGGUGUGCAGCAGCCCGGAGAACAGGACAAGACGUGAUGCCAUCAGGCAGACCUGGGGCAACGCCACGGCCUCCAGGGCUUACAGUGUGCUCACUGUGUUUGCUGUAGGGAAGGCAGCCUCAGCAAGCACCCAGCUGGAGGUCCAGGAGGAGGCUCAAAGGCACAGAGACAUCAUUGAAGGCAGUUUCAUCGACUCCCCCCAGACACAGACACAGAAGAUGCUGAUGAGCGUGGAGUGGACGGUGAUUUUCUGUCCCCGUGCCAGGUUCAUCCUUCACACAGCCCAGGACGUGUUUGUGGGUGUUCCCAGCCUGGCUGGCUACCUGCAGAGCUUAGCCCAGCAGGAGGACAUCUACCUGGGCAGGGUGGUUCACCACGCAGUGCCCGACAGGGACCCCCAGAGCCCCGGCUUUGUCCCCCUCCAUCUGUACCCCCAGCAGUUCUACCCGGAUUUCUGCCACGGCAGCGCUUUCCUCCUGUCCCAGGACGUGGCCCGCAAGGUUUUCGUGGCUGCCAGGGAGGUGCCCCUGGCACUGCCCCCCGCUGCCUUUGUAGGGGUCUGUGCCAAGAGAGCUGGCAUCAGUGCCAGGCACAGCUCCCGCUUCGCUGGGGACAAGCACAUCAGCUACAACCCCUGCUGCUAUAAAUUCAUUUUCACCUCUUCUGCCAUGAGGGAGGACGAGCUAUUUACGGACUGGAAGGAAACGAGCGAUGGGGAGGACUGCUCCCUACUGGAAACCUACUACAGCCUGGUGUCCUGCAAGGUUCUGACCUACAUUGAUAACUUCAAACAGUUCAGCUUGGACAGGAUAAAAAAUGAGCUCCUUCAUUUCGUCAGUUAA